UUAUUAUUCUCAAACUUCAUUGGAUCGCGCACCGGUAAAAUUUACACUUCUGACCAAUCAGAAUGGCUUAUUUCCCCAUAUUCUGCAAUACAGCUCGUAACGUAGCGUGGGCCUUCAUUGCAAAGCUUAUCAAGUUUAGCUGUUAACCGAGACUUUCUGCUCUACACAUCAACCUUCCAAAUAAUCAUGCCUAAAGCCAAAACUGACAAGCCAAAGGGACGUAUGUCCUCUUAUGCUUACUUUGUACAGUGUUGUCGUGAGGAGCACAAGAAGAAACAUCCAGGAGAGAAUGUUGUUUUUGCAGAAUUUACCAAAAAGUGUGCUUCUAAAUGGAAGGAAAUGACACCAAAAGAGAAGAAACGUUUUGAGGAGAUGGCAGAGAAGGACAAGGCCAGAUAUGAAAAAGAAAUGUCAACUUAUGUUCCACCAGCAGGUGGACCUGUGAAAGGAAAGAAAAGGACCAAGGACCCAAAUGCCCCCAAAAGGGCUCUGUCAGCCUUCUUUGUGUUCUGUAAUGAGGAGAGGCCAAAAGUGCGUGCAAUCCACCCUGGAUAUACUGUAGGAGAUGUUGCGAAGGAACUAGGAAAACGUUGGGAGGCUGUCAGUGACCGGUCAAAAUUUGAAAAGUUAGCUGCAGAAGACAAGAAAAGAUACGAAGCUGAGAUGGAAGUUUACAGAUCAGGUGGUGCAAGCCCAAAGAAAGCUGCAGGUAGAUCACCACAGAAGAAGCAGAAGGUUCAAGAGAGUGAAGAAGAAGAAGAUAGUGAUGAGGAGGAGGAAGAAGAUGAGGACGAUGAUGAGUAAACUGUCGAAAACACACUAUAAGUCUACAUCAAUCAUGAACAAAUGAGUCCCAUAUUUUAUUUUUUCACUUGGUGAAUUAGUAAUUUAAGAAAUGUCGAAUAUAUAAAUGUGAAAAAGAUAAAUAUAAUAAAGAUUGAAAAGGUAAUUUUGAAUUUAAAAGAUGGAAAAUAUUAACUGGUCUGUUAUAAAAGUUUUAUGUUGUUUAAAAUUGAAAAUCUGAAUAUAGUGCAAAUAUUUAUUUUUUGUUGUACACAUAGCAUUAUAAAAAUGGCAGACAAUGUAAGAAGAAUUGUUCAUAUAAAUUUGUACUUUGUUGUACACAUAUUAUCUGUUAAUGUACGUGGAAGAAUGGAUGCUGAUUGUUGGUUACUAUCACUUGCUUUAUCUAUUUACAUUAGCCAUAUACACUUGUACAUCCCAGCCUUUUUCAUUCGAUAUCCAACUACAGUUUUGUUUGAUCUUCUGUCACAAUAUUAUACUAACACAUCAUGCACAUCUAACUAUUGGAAAAUACAAGAUAUUUUGAUCAUUUAUACCUUAAAAAAUACUGCAUUCAAGCAGAUUCUCAUAUGCAUUUACUUGUUGGAACAGUAUCAUUGUAAAGUUCAAGCAUAAUACAUAUACUGUAGGCACAUUUCAUAUUUUUGUUUUCAUGUUUUUCAUUCAUUCCUAUGUUGUAAAUACCCAUUUCUCAUUUAAUGUUAUUUGUUUAUAUUUUAGCGUUUUUUAUCAGCAUCUUAUUAUCAUACUCAUUCAUGAUUUAUAAAUGUAUAAAGUUACAGAUACUUGUCUAAUAUGAUCUGCUAACAUUUUAAAAGGAAAAGAAAAAUAUAUUUGUGUAUGAAAAUAAGAUACUCAGUAAAAUGUUAAUGUUGUUUUAAUUGUAUGAAAGUGCUCAAAGCGAAUGUUUGUACAUAUCUGUGUAUGUAGAGAAACAAUGUCAGUAAUAUUCUGUGAAAUAAAAGUAGUUUUACAGCAGA